GUCCAGAUAUCUCUGAAUUGCUUAUGUUAUGUCCAAGCAGGGCACUCAAACAUCACCAGAAGCUAACACUUCAGACUCUAGACCGAGUCAGGCUAAUGGGACGUAUAAUCAGUUUUUGAAUGAUACUCAAGUCAUACCGUUCACGAAACCCGAGAGCCUAAUAGGCUCGAACUCUCAACCAUCCAGGAUCCAAAAUUUGAGAGUUUUGAGUGAGAACGAAGACAAUAGAAUAAUAGAUAGUUCAUGUGAUUUCAAAGAUUCAAUAAGUACACAAGCUUUGCUGGACAAGGAACCUGAUACUGUUGUUAUCAAAGAAGAUAUUCCAGUAACUGAAAGAAACGAAGACGAGUCAAUACGGCUGUCUACUGCUGAAUCUUCUGCUCCCUUCAAGAACUUGAAAUUACCAGAUGGCGAAAGUCCAUGGCUUAGUAGAGUUAAAGAUCCUUUCAAUGAUUCAGAGACUCCAUGGCUAAAUAAAAUUAGGGAUCCUUUCAAAGAAACUCCAAUUAAUGAAAAAGUUUUGGAUGCUAUGGGAGAAACCCCAAACUCCACCCGAAAGGUGUUGGUAAACUCAUUGAAUACACCAAGUGCUGCUCACAAAAUCUUUCAAAAACUUCGAGAGAAAGGCAACCAGAAAGAGUUGGAUUUUGAUUCUCAAACUGUCCCAGAAUUAUUCAAAGAUACUCAACCCCCUUCACUUGAAAAAGAACAUGAAGGAUCCAAUAAUGAUGUCACAAUGGACUUGAACCAUGAAAUUGAUUCACCUAGAAAGGAUCACUUCACAGACGAUGUGCCCACACAAGUUGUAAAUGAUACAUUGAUUAUAGGUGAUCCAAAUCAACAUAGCGAGCCUCAAGACCCAAAGAGUGAUAAUACACAAGCUGACAUCCAGGUUCCAGGAACUGCUCCAGAAGUUGAUCAUUCGUUAGUGAUAGAAAACGAUGAAAUCAGUAAGGACCUUGAUGCUGGUGAAUCAUCCCCAAUAAAUUCUGAUGAUGAAAAAAACUUUUCACUAGAUUAUGGAAGAAGAUUACAUAGCGAGCCUGUUUCAGGUGAUUAUCUCAAUAUUUUGGCUGAAGAUAGCAUUCAAAAAUAUCACAGAGAUUUGACCAAAAGAGGCCUACAGCUUGAAAAUCAGUCAAAAUCCUUUGCUGGUGACACACAAAGAAUAAGUCAAUCUAAAAGAUUGAACUCUUUACCUCUGAAUCUGGAUACUGAUACCCUUCACCAAGCAAAAAUCACCGUCCAAGGCAAUAAAAAUACUCAAGAACAAGGUGCACCAAAACAAGUUACCAAAUCACAUUUAACUUCCUCUCCAAAUGUUGAAGAAUCGUCUCCUGCAAUUCGUGAAAAAGCGGACACUUUUGAAAUUGAAAAGGCAAAGGCUGAUGACAACAAUAACAUCGAAACAAAUACCAUCAAUACAUCCAAUAAGAGUUUCCAUUCACAGGCUGUUGAUUUCAAUGCUUUGGCUGAGAACAUAACACAAGAAUUUUCAGAUGUUGAUGAUGAAAGUAAAGUGGUUGAUAAUACAAUUGAAGAAGAAGCCGAUAAUCUAAAGUUACAAACAGAAUGGAAUGAAGGAACUUCAAAAAGCUCAAACCCUGUUAUAAGGCCAACCAGAAAUUCUAAAAGGAAAAAAUCCUCCAAAGCGAAUGAUUUACAGCUUCAAUUCACUAGCUCACCCGAUAAAAGUAUUAAUCACUCUGAUUUAUCCAUAGUUUUAGAUGCCAAUACUUCUCAAAUUGAUGAUAAUGAUCAUGACAUUUCUACAAAUGACCAACAAAGUAUUUUGACCCCAGAAUAUGACGUAAAUGUCUUACCCAAUGGAAUAUUGAGAGAAGAGACACACAAUUUGAGUGAAGAGGAUAUCAGAUUCAAAGAUAGCGUUUGGUGCCUAGCUAAUACUCGUUAUUAUCCUGGCUUGAUACUGAGCUUGGGUAAAAAGGGACUGGAGGUUAAGUUCUUCGAAUCUACAGAUGAGGUCAAUGGUGGAAUUUUCCCAUUAGAUAUUCAAAUUGGUGAUACAGUUAAAAUUGGCAGACUUCCAUACGCUGCAUGA